GUUUCCCCCCGGACCCCAAACGGAGACGUACCAGUGUACGGCUGUGUCGCAGUCAAACCGGACCGGUUGAAUAAGUGGGUGAAAGGUCGUAAAUAUCUAUGGGUCUAACAGUCAGGGGUGACAGCAGCACACAUAUACACCUCACACAGGUACCUCACAGAGACACCGUCGACCACAGAGCAGAAAGUAAAAAUGUCCAAACAGCAGCAGCAGAUCAGUCCGAUGAAGAACUUCUUCGCCGGAGGAUUUGGUGGCAUAUGUCUCGUCUUCGCAGGACAUCCACUCGACACCAUUAAGGUGCGUCUGCAGACUCAGCCCAAACCCAAACCUGGAGAGAGCCUCCUGUAUGCUGGGACCAUUGAUUGUUGUAAAAAGACCUUAGCCAAAGAGGGUGUUAAAGGGCUCUAUAGAGGCAUGGCGGCCCCGAUCAUCGGCGUCACACCCAUGUUUGCUGUGUGUUUCUUUGGAUUUGGACUGGGCAAGAAACUACAACAGAGAACCCCUGAUGAUAUUCUUACGUAUCCACAGCUGUUUGCUGCAGGGAUGUUGUCUGGUGUGUUCACCACGGCCAUCAUGGCUCCUGGAGAGCGCAUCAAAUGCCUCCUGCAGAUCCAGGCAGCGUCGGGAGAGGUGAAGUAUGCAGGUCCUAUGGACUGUGUCAAACAGCUGUACAGAGAGUUUGGCAUCAGAGGAAUCUACAAAGGCACCGCUCUGACUCUCAUGAGAGAUGUUCCAGCAAGUGGGAUGUACUUCACCUCCUACGAGUGGUUGAAGAACCUCCUUACACCAGCAGGAAAAAGCCAUAGCGAGCUCAGCAUUCCCAGUGUGCUGUUUGCUGGGGGGAUGGCCGGGAUCUUUAACUGGGCGGUCGCAAUUCCAGCCGACGUACUCAAGUCUCGUUUCCAAACAGCUCCUGAAGGAAAAUAUCCCAACGGUUUUCGGGAGGUUCUGCGGGAGCUGAUCAGAGAGGAGGGCGUGGGCUCUCUGUAUAAGGGCUUCAAUGCUGUCAUGCUUAGAGCUUUUCCUGCAAACGCAGCUUGUUUCUUAGGAUUUGAGCUCGCAAUGAAGUUCCUGAACUGGUUAGCACCCGACCUCUGGACGAUGAGUAAUGUGGAGAUACCAGCUGGUUUGAAAGAGCUGCUGCAGGGAUACACUGUGGAGGUGCUUCGCCGCAGGCCGCCAAAUUUGGUUGAAUUUGCAGUGCAGCAUUUUACACAAAUUCUGCAGGGCCAAAGAAACGACCAAAAAGCCAAGAAACACAGCGCCAAACCUGCAUGUAAAGGAGUGACCUUUGAAACAAAGUCAAAUAAGCCCAAAAAGGAUGAUGAAGAGGAGGAGGAGGAGGAUGAGGAAGACACUGUUAAGUCCACCACCAGUAAAUACAAUCGCAGAGUUUCAGUUUGUGCAGAGGCGUACAACCCUGAUGACGAUGAGGACGACGACGCAGAGCCUCGAGUUGUGUAUCCCAAAACGGACGAGCAGCGUCGCAGACUUCAGGAUGCAUGCAAAGACAUUUUACUGUUUAAAACCCUGGAGCAGGAGCAGUUCUCUGAGGUUUUGGACGGCAUGUUCGAAGUGUUGGUCAAACCUCAGGAGCACAUCAUAGACCAAGGAGACGAUGGAGAUAAUUUCUAUGUCAUAGAGAGGGGUGUGUAUGAUAUUUGUUUGCAGAAAGACGGAGUGAGUGUGUGCGUCGGAAAGUAUGACAAUAAGGGCAGUUUUGGUGAGCUGGCUCUCAUGUACAACACGCCGCGGGCUGCCACAAUCAUUGCAACACAGGAAGGUGCCCUGUGGGGCCUGGAUCGAGCCACAUUUCACAGACUAAUUGUUAGAAAUAAUGCGAAGAAGAGGAGGAUGUAUGAGGCCUUCAUCGAGUGUGUUCCUCUUCUGAAGUCUCUUGAGCUCUCUGAGAGAAUGAAGAUUGUAGAUGUUUUGGGAGCACAUGUGUUCAAAGAUGGAGAGCGCUUAAUAAUGCAGGGGGAGGAGGCCGACUGUUUCUACAUUGUGGAAUCAGGAGAGGUGAAGAUAAUGAUAAAAAGCAAAACGAAGGCAGGCCAGCAGGAUAACAUAGAGGUCGAGGUGGCUCGCUACUCUAGAGGGCAGUAUUUUGGGGAGCUGGCACUGGUCACCAACAAACCUCGUGCAGCAUCAGUUUACGCUGUGGGAGAAACCAAAUGUUUAGUUAUUGACAUCCAGGCUUUUGAGCGUUUGCUGGGACCCUGUAUGGACAUCAUGAAGAGGAAUAUUUCCCAGUAUGAAGACCAGUUGGUGGCACUUUUUGGCUCCAGUGUAGAUUUAAAACACUAGGACACAUAAUUUUAAAAAGAAAAAAAAAAAUUUAAAGUAGUAUUUUAGCACUAAAAGAAACUUCCCCUUGAGGUAUAGGGCUGCACAAUAUGAG